UGCAUCAGGGAACACAGAGAAAAGGUGGUAUACAGGAAGGUAUCAAGCUUAAUCAGAAGAUCUUAACGGCAAAAUUAUAUUACUUUUUCUUAUAAUAUAAUUCCUUACUUGCUCCUUAAUGAGAUGAUAUUCCUUACUUGCUCAACCUUUUGGGAUCUAUAACAGCAACCACUCUCUCCUACAGCAGAGAUUCCUUCUACACAUCAAUUUAGAGUCUAGCAAAAAAUUUUCAAUUUUCCCUUGAUACUUACACAAAUUUUACUUCCUUUGAAAGUGUUUUGGUUUUGCUUCCCAAAAAAAAAAAAAAAAAAGAAAAAGAAAAAAAAGAAAAGAAAAGAAAACAACAACAACAAUGGCAGUGGGAGAGAUCUUCCUCACAGCGUUCGUGCAGGUGCUGAUUCAGAAGUUGACGUCUAGGGAGCUGCUAAACUUUGUCCGCCGUGAGAGUGUUCAUGAAAAGCUGAAGAAAUGGAGCACGACAUUUUCGAUGAUUAAAGCGAUGCUCUCUGAUGCAGAGGAGAAGCAGCUGACAAGCGAGGUGGUGAAACACUGGCUGGAUGACAUCAAAAACUUGGCUUAUGACGUGGAAGAUGUACUGGACAAGUUUUUUGCCGAACUGCUGCGAUGCAAGAUAGAAAAUUUGCAUCGAGAUAGCACAAGUAAGGUAUGGGGCUUAAUCCCUACUUGCUGUACUAUUUCUAGUCCUGCUGCAUUUGGAUUAUUCAUGUUAAAAAUGAAUUCUGAAAUUAAAGAAAUCACUGGCCGCUUAGAAGAUAUAACUGAGAGGAAAAAUAAGCUUGGUUUGAAUGAUAUUGGGAGAUUUGAGAUUGAAUGGAAAAGGCCACCAAGCUCAAGUUUGCCUGAUGGUCAAGUAAUUGGAAGAGAUGAAGACAAGAAGAAAAUAGUUCAAUUACUGUUAACGGAUCAGCAAAGCAAUCUCAAUUUCGAUGUAGUUGGCAUAGUUGGGAUGGCUGGAGUUGGAAAGACAACACAUGCUGGUUUGGUGUUCCAUGAUGAUGCCAUGAAGUAUUUUGACAUAAAAGUUUGGAUCUGGGUUAUACUUCAAUAUGUUUCGGAUGACUUUGAUUCUGUGAGGUUAACAAAGGCAAUUCUUAAGUCAAUCAAUUCAUCAGAAAGUGAGAAUAAUGACGACUUCAGCAAUCUUCAGGAACGUCUGAGUAAAGCAUUGGCAGAUAAGAAGUUUUUGAUCGUUUUAGAUGAUGUUUGGAAUAGCAAGAAUGAUCUCCAUGAUCUCUGGGUAAAGGUGCGAUGCCUUUUUAGAUUUGGAGCUCCUGGAAAUAAGAUAGUUGUGACAACAAGAGAGGUAAAUGUUGCAAAGUUGAUGGGAGCAAUUCAACAUCAUAAUUUGGAGUGCGUAUCAGAUGAUGAUUGUUGGCAGGUAUUUGUGCAACAUGCAUUCUUCAUAAGAAAUACCAGUGAACUGCCAAAUUUGGGAUCAGUGAGGGAUAAAAUUCUUGCAAAAUGCAAUGGGUUGCCCUUGGCUGCACGUAGUUUUGGAGGCCUUUUCCUUUGCAAAGAAAUAAAUGAAUGGGAGGAUAUUUUGAAGAACAAAUUAUGGACCUUAUCAGAUCAUAAUAACAUUCUGCCAAUGUUAAGAUUAAAAUACUACCAUCUCCCUACACAUUUGAAAAGGUGUUUUUCCUACUGUGCCAUACUACCAGAAGACUACGAAUUUGAGGAAAAACAAUUGAUUCUCUUAUGGAUGGCAGAAGGGCUGAUUCAUCAACCAGAAGGGACUAGACAUAUGGAAGAUUUGGGCAAGGAGUAUUUCCGUGAGCUAUUGUCAAGGUCAUUCUUUCAUAAAUCAAGAAAGAAUGAAUCAAAAUAUGUUAUGCAUGACCUCAUGAAUGAUUUGGCUCAAUGGGUUGCUGGAGAAACAUGCUUUAGGUUGGAAGAUAAGCAGGAUGGUGAUAACCAAUGCAGAAUUUUUGAAAAGGCUCGUCACUCAUCUUAUAUUACAGCUGGGUGUGAUGGCAUUCAAAGACUCGAGGCCUUCUCCAAAGUCAAGCAUCUGAGGACUUUCCUACCACUUGGACAAUCAUAUUAUGAGAGAAAACACAUCGCUAGCUACUUUACUCUUCAAAUAUUGCCAAAAUUACAAUAUCUAAGGGUGCUAUCUCUGAACGGCUAUCACAUAACUGAGCUACCAGAUUCAGUUGGUGAACUAAAGCUUUUGCGGUACCUUGACCUUUCUUACACACAUCUAAGGAGCUUGCCUGAAUCGAUAGGUAGUCUUUACAAUUUUGCAGACAUUGUUGUUAGAAUGCUGCACAAAUCUACAUGA